AUGCAGUCGGUUGUACUUUUGUCCAUUAUCGAUUUAAAUGUCACACCGAUUAUGCUGCUGGUCACUGUGAUACUGCUAUCUACCAUUUUGAUAGUUUUCGAGUGUGGAAAAUGUUGCGAUAAACCUCAACCGUCAACCCGACACGUAUAUAUUUAUGGUCAAGCACCGACAGCUGCAGGAAACAAUGUCGUAAGGGAGAAAGCAGGAAUAAAAGAGGUAUCACACUCUUCUCCCAAAAAAAGAACACCGUCAAAUAGAGCGUCUGACCAAAGUGCAAAAAUCAAUACGGGUAGAAAAACUCCGAUAUUAGUAAGUGAGAAGGCAAAUAAAAGUGGUUACCACAAGAGCCAAAAGAGGUCAAUCUAUUGUGAGCCUACACAAAUUGAAGCUGAAAACACAGUGAAGAAUGGAAAAGCGCAGAAAGGAGAACAAAGAAGUCCGACCUUGAAAGAGAAGAAAGCGCCGCUGUUGGUGCGCCUAAAACGUUCAAGAAUGUUUAAAUCAAAGGAUGCUAAGAAGCAAGCAAAGAUAGAAACCGAGAAAAAGCAACCUGACAAAAUGUCGAGAAAAACGUGUACGACUGGUGAAAAGAGUUUAGGGGAGGAUUCAGACACAUUGAAAGGGGUGACCAGUAUAGAGAACGAGGAUGAAAAGUCAAACAACUUCGCCAAUGGGCCACAAGCUGAUUCGCAUUUUGGAGCAAAGUAG